AUGUUAUCACCACGCCGCCUGGUGUUUCCAGGGCCGAGCCCAACAGUGACCCAUUGCAGAAGAGACGUUGCCCUUCGCGAGUGCCAGCUGGCACAAGUGCAGGGGCCGAGAGUGCAAAGGAUGGCAAAGUGCGGAAGGGCAAGGGCAAAAGCAAGUCCAAGGGUGGUGAUGAGGUGCUUCCAUCUCCGACUGCUGUGGCGGAUGCUGAGCAGAAGGGCACAGGCAAAGGUGGCAAAGGCAAAGGCCGUGGUGGCAGAGGUGGCCACGGUGGUAAGGGCAGAGGUGGCAAAGGCAGAGGUGGCAAAGGCAAAGGUGUCAAUGAUGGUAAUAACGCAGGUCAGGGCAAUGGUGAUGCUGCUGCAGCUGCAGCUCUUCGAAGGCAGCAGAAUGCAGUGCACAACUUGCAAGUCGUGCGCAACCUGGCAGCCAAACACCCGGACCUCCAGCCACAGGUUGCUGUGGACCUCAAAGGUGGGUCCACUCUCCGAGACUAUUUGCUAA